UUCCUCAAAAGUAGUCUGCAGUCAUUAUAAAAGUCUGUGGAACCCCUAGUCCUCUCUCUUUUGUCAGAGCAACAUCUUAAAAUGCCUCCCCACACACUGUGGUUGUUUGUGGUUGUCUGUGCCCUGUUGGUCAGCGUCACUUCAGAGCCACACACCUUCCAGCACAGGGACCCUAUGAGCAGGAAGAUGCUGAUUUGCGACCGAUGUCCCGUAGGCUUCUACAUGAAGGCUCCCUGCACCCCCAACAGGCAGACCAUCUGUGCAUCCUGCCCUCUCAACCACUUUACCCAAUUUCACAACUACCUGCCCAAGUGUCUGUACUGCUUCACGUUCUACAGUGAGCACCAGGUGGUGAAGGAGUGCACGGCCUUCAACGGCCGGGUGUGCGAGUGCCAGGAGAGCUAUUACAAGCGCGCUGACUUCUGUGUGAAGCACAGGGACUGUCCCCCUGGAGAGGGCGUCAAACAGAGAGAGGUUGUUCCUGUAGCUACAGAAGAAGGGCAGUCCAUUACUCUACACGCAAAUAGAUCCAACAGAAAUGAAACAUUUGCUCAGUGGCUACACAAUUGCACAGUCAUUGCCCACUGGUACCCAGGGGAAAAACCAGACCAUCUUUAUCCCAACAUGUUUUCCCUAAACCAGAGGCGAUUCUAGUCUGUGGGGGCCCCAAGCAAAAAUUC